UAACGAUUCGGGAGUGAAUUGUGGUGGUGUCUUCCAUUCAACAUUGCGGUGUGGAGGGGGGGAAAUUGAUUCGGAGGGAGACGAGCGAGCGGGAGAUUAAAAGGCUCCGCUGCAGCGUUUAGUGGCGGAGGUGCAUUUCCGCUGACCUGUGUGAGCGCCACAAUCACUCCCCGCCCCUCCGACCACGCCCACCGCUGGCAUUGUGCGUCGAGGGGCCUCCGGAAGUGACAACCUGUGUAUCCUGUUUCCGGAACAGUGGUUGUGUUAGCGACCUCGUGUACCGCGAGGAUCCCGAGCCGCAUCUGAUCCGAACGAGAAAAAAACAACCGAACGUCGACUUUCGAACCAACUGCGGCCGUACCCCCAUCUCAAGCGGCGUUUGGUGUGAUAGACGCGUCUGUGCCGUGUGUUGAAUUCGCUGCGCGUGGGAUAGCUCUAGAUCGGAGGUAGAUCGAGUGUGAAAGUGAUCGGAAAGGAAGCUGUCGAGUUGAAGCAAAAUGAGUCGACGCCGCUGGGAGGCGAGUGAAGACGCCGCCUUCGGGGGCAGAAUUGCUUCCGGGUCCGAGCAGAGACCUUCGGCUUCUGAUGUUCGGCGGCUGCGGUUUCUUUCCGCUUCGGACGUCCUGCCUGCCAUUCCCGGCUCAAUGGUGCGCCUUCUGGCUGUUGUCCUCGUGCUGUCUCCGCUCGGGCCACAGUGUUGCUGUGCACAAGGGCCUAUUAAUGAAAUAACAUCGGUGGUGGGCGGGACGGCGCUGCUGCCGUGUGACAUCGUGCCCCCUCUGCCCAAUGACAGCGUCAUCCUCGUCAUCUGGUUCAAGAACGAGGUCACGCCCAUCUACAGGUGA